AUGGAAGUCACUGAAAAGCCUCAGAACAUCAAUUGCCAUCAUGUACAAGCAACGAGCUUCGAAAGAAUGGUUACGGUGACAACAACAACGACAAUCAAGGUGCUUCGAAACGACGGUUACGACAGAAAAAAGUACGACCCCAUCGACGCCAGGCUCGUGGCCGUAGAAAGAGAACACGAGGCUAGAAUAGAGAAUCUCGGUAACAGCCCGAUAGACAUUUCAGAAGAAGAAGAAGAAGAAGAUGAUGAUGAUGACGAUGAUGAUGAUGAUGGUGAUGACGACGACGACGACGAUGAUGAUGAUGAUGAUGGCGAAACAGUUAUCAGUCCGUCUUUUGUAAUGAAUCAAACAGAUGAUGAUGACGACGACGACGACGACCCCCUAGAUGGACACGACAAUGCAGACGAACUGCUCAUGUGGAAAGGGAUCAGUCUUAUGCAGAAUUCAUUCCUCUUUCUGGGUAGAUGA